GCUUCUGCUGCCGCCCCCGGGGCGCGAUCGGCCGCCCGCCGCCCGGGGACCCGGCGAGCGGCGGGGGCAGCCCCGGACUGGGCCCUCCGGCCUCCCGGUGUCCGGUCGCAGGCAUCCCGGGAAGGUCGUCCCUUUGCUCUCCGCCGGGAGUCGCGCCGCGGCGAGCCUUGCUGGUGUGGCCAGGCCCCACGUGUAGGAUGGGGCUUCCCAUACGAGGGCCGGUGGCAGCCAGAGCUGAUACAGCCCCCCUGCUCUGGGGCCAGGACACCAGCUGAGGAGGGCAGGAGUUUCAGAAGCCAUGGCUGGUGCCUCGGUGAAAGUAGCAGUGAGGGUUCGGCCCUUCAGUGCCCGAGAGGCCAGCCGGGACGCCCAGUGUGUGAUCAGCAUGCAGGGCAACACCACCUCCAUCAUCAAUCCCAAACAGAGCAAGGACGCCCCGAAAAGCUUCACCUUCGACUAUUCUUACUGGUCACAUACUUCGGUAGAGGACCCGCAGUUUGCGUCUCAGCAGCAGGUGUACCGGGACAUCGGGGAGGAGAUGCUGCUCCAUGCCUUCGAGGGCUACAACGUGUGCAUCUUUGCCUAUGGCCAGACGGGGGCUGGGAAGUCCUACACCAUGAUGGGGCGGCAGGAACCGGGCCAGCAGGGCAUUGUGCCUCAGCUCUGCGAGGACCUCUUCUCCCGUGUAAGCGUGAACCAGAGUGCUCAGCUUUCCUAUUCUGUGGAGGUGAGCUACAUGGAAAUCUACUGCGAGCGAGUACGAGACCUCUUGAACCCCAAGAGUCGGGGCUCUCUGCGGGUCCGGGAGCACCCCAUCCUGGGCCCGUACGUUCAAGACCUGUCUAAACUGGCUGUGACUUCCUACGCAGACAUUGCUGACCUCAUGGACUGUGGAAAUAAGGCGAGAACCGUGGCGGCCACCAACAUGAAUGAGACCAGCAGCCGUUCGCAUGCCGUCUUCACCAUCGUGUUCACCCAGCGCUCCCACGACCAGCUCACUGGCCUGGAUUCAGAAAAGGUCAGUAAGAUCAGCUUGGUGGACCUUGCUGGGAGUGAGCGGGCUGACUCCUCAGGGGCCCGGGGGAUGCGCCUGAAGGAAGGCGCCAACAUCAAUAAGUCCCUGACUACUCUGGGGAAGGUGAUCUCAGCCCUGGCAGAUUUGCAAUCCAAGAAGCGGAAGUCAGAUUUCAUCCCUUACCGAGAGUCUGUGCUUACCUGGCUGCUCAAGGAGAAUUUGGGUGGGAACUCACGCACGGCCAUGAUCGCAGCCCUGAGUCCUGCGGACAUCAAUUAUGAGGAGACGCUGAGCACGCUCAGGUAUGCAGACCGCACUAAGCAGAUCCGAUGCAACGCCGUCAUCAACGAGGACCCCAACGCUCGUCUCAUCCGAGAGCUGCAGGAGGAGGUGGCCCGCUUGCGGGAGCUGCUGAUGGCCCAGGGACUGUCCGCCUCCGCUCUCGGAGGUCUGAAGGUGGAAGAGGGGAGUCCUGGAGGUGCCCCGCCUGCCGGACCGCCUCCCCCCGCCCCGGCUUCACCCUCAUCUCCUCCUCCACAUAAUGGGGAGCUGGAGCCCCCGUUCUCCCCCAGUGCUGAGCCCCAGAUUGGGCCCGAGGAGGCCAUGGAGAGGCUGCAGGAGACAGAGAAGAUUAUAGCUGAGCUGAAUGAGACGUGGGAGGAGAAGCUUCGGAAGACAGAGGCUCUGAGAAUGGAGAGAGAAGCGCUGCUGGCCGAGAUGGGCGUGGCUGUCCGGGAGGAUGGCGGCACCGUGGGUGUCUUCUCUCCGAAAAAGACUCCCCACCUGGUAAAUCUGAAUGAGGACCCCUUGAUGUCCGAAUGUCUUCUCUAUCACAUCAAAGAUGGUGUCACCAGGGUCGGCCAGGUGGAUGUGGACAUCAAGCUGACCGGGCAGUUCAUCCGGGAGCAGCACUGCCUCUUCCGAAGCCUCCCCCAGCCUGAUGGAGAAGUGGUGGUCACGCUGGAGCCCUGUGAAGGUGCAGAGACCUACGUCAACGGGAAGCUGGUGACGGAGCCGCUGGUGCUGAAGUCAGGAAACAGGAUUGUGAUGGGCAAGAACCACGUUUUCCGCUUCAAUCACCCGGAGCAAGCACGGCUGGAACGAGAGCGAGGGGUCCCCCCGCCCCCAGGCCCGCCCUCCGAGCCUGUGGACUGGAACUUUGCUCAGAAGGAGCUGCUGGAGCAGCAAGGCAUCGAUAUCAAGCUGGAGAUGGAGAAGAGGCUGCAGGACUUGGAGAAUCAGUACCGGAAAGAAAAGGAAGAUGCUGACCUGCUGCUGGAGCAGCAGCGGCUGUAUGCGGACUCUGACAGCGGGGAAGACUCGGACAAGCGCUCCUGUGAGGAAAGCUGGCGGCUGAUCUCCUCCUUGCGGGAGCAGCUGCCGCCCACCACCGUGCAGAGCAUCGUGAAGCGCUGCGGCCUGCCCAGCAGCGGCAAGCGCAGGGCCCCUCGCAGAGUGUACCAGAUCCCUCAGCGGCGGCGGCUGCAGGGCAAAGACCCCCGCUGGGCCACCAUGGCGGACCUGAAGAUGCAGGCCGUCAAGGAGAUAUGCUACGAGGUGGCCCUGGCCGACUUCCGCCACGGACGGGCAGAAAUCGAGGCCCUGGCCGCUCUCAAGAUGCGCGAGCUGUGCCGCACCUACGGCAAGCCCGAGGGCCCCGGGGAUGCCUGGAGAGCCGUGGCCAGGGAUGUCUGGGACACUGUGGGAGAAGAGGAAGGAGGCGGAGGCGGCGAGGAGGGAGCCCGCGGGGCGGAGGUGGAGGACCUCCGGGCCCACAUCGACAAGCUGACGGGGAUCCUUCAGGAGGUGAAGCUGCAGAACAGCAGCAAGGACCGAGAGCUGCAGGCGCUGCGGGACCGCAUGCUGCGCAUGGAGAGGGUCAUCCCCCUGACGCAGGAGCUCGAGGAGGAGGCUGACGAGGCCGCCCUGGUGGCCUGGGCGCCCCCCGAGGGCGCGGAGGCCGCGGAGGAGGCGGGCGCGCAGCCCGCGCGGCCCGCGUCGCCGCCGCUGUCCAGCUGGGAGCGCGUGUCGCGGCUGAUGGAGGAGGACCCCGCCUUCCGCCGCGGCCGCCUGCGCUGGCUCAAGCAGGAGCAGCUGCGGCUGCAGGGACUGCAGGGCGCGGGGGGCCGGGGCGGGGGGCUGCGCCGGCCGCCCGCCCGCUUCGUGCCGCCCCACGACUGCAAGCUGCGCUUCCCCUUCAAGAGCAACCCCCAGCACAGGGAGUCCUGGCCGGGCGUGGGCGGCGCGGAGGCCCCGGCGCCCCAGCCCCCCGAGGAGGCGCCCGCGCCCGCGCGCAGGCCCCCCAGCCCCCGGAGGCCCCACCGUCCUCGCAGGAACUCCCUCGACGGCGGCGGCCGCUCGCGAGGCGGGGGCCCCGCACAGGCGGAGGCCCAGCACUUCCAGCCGAAGAAGCACAACUAUUACCCCCAGCAGCCCCAGCCCUACCCCGCCCAGCGCCCGGGGCCCCGCUACCCCCCCUACACCACCCCUCCACGCAUGCGACGGCAGCGCUCGGCCCCCGACCUCAAGGAGAGCGGGGCGGCCGUGUGAGCGCGCGGGCGCCGGAGGACGGUGCCGAGAUGCUGCUUCCCAGGGGCCCCGGGAGGGAGGCCGGAGAGCAGAGAG